UUACAGACACCACAAGGCUUUUGAGAUUGCAACGAGCUUGUGAAUGAAGUGUAUCCAAAGCCAGGGCUGCAGAAUCUUUUAUUCUGUUUCGUUGCCAUCUUUGCUUUCUUACAGUAAUACUGUCAAGAGAAUUGUAAUCUCUUGUAAUUUAAUUUGCCUUUUUUUUAAACAAGAGAAAGUUAUUUAGAGAGAUGGACACUCCUGUUCAUUCUGCAAGAGCCGCAUGUUGGAUAUGUGUGUUUGGGUCAUGUUUUCGUUGAUCCAAGUAGUUGAUUUUUCCUCGGAGACCCGUGGCAGUUGGAUCCAAGUAGUCCAGGGACAACUGUUUCUAGAAGACUACCCGAGGGAGCCCACAUUCCUUGCUUUAAUUCAUCCUGUGCACACGCCUGCUGUGGGCCUUUCAAGUGAGGAGUUACACGGUUAAGAAGAGGACACUUGUCUUUCAUGCCUAUAUAAAAGAAUUCAGAUGGGAUUAGAGUCAAGAUGGAGUUCCAGCACCAGUUUAGCUAUCUUCACUAACAGGAUGCCUAGUUGUUGCUUAGUCUGCUGGGCCAUGUUAACCAUGGCAGCAGUCGUUCUAGCACGGCCACAGUUUAAACCUGCUGAUGAUGCAUCAGAAAUGGAAGAGCCUCCAUCAAUCUACCAAAUCUCUCAGCCUGAAGUGCACACAGCGCAUCCAGGAGAUUUGCUUCAAAUGCAAUGUCCUUUGAAAGAGGAUGUACAGAACAUCAUUUGGACUAAAGUUGGGGAGCAAUUAGGGCACAACAAUAAGACUUACAUUAUCAGAGAGUACUUGCAGAUUAGUGAUGCCACACAUGAGGAUUCGGGCCUCUAUGCUUGUACCACAAUUAGACCAGUAGGCAGUGGUACAGUAUACUUCAUUGUUAACAUUACAGAUGCCAUUUCCUCAGGGGACGAUGAAGAGGAUAGUGAUGGGUCAGAAGAGACAACCAAUGAUGGUAACAAGAUAAGUCCCCCAUACUGGACUCAGCCUAAUAAGAUGGAAAAGAGAUUGCAUGCUGUGCCAGCAGCCAACACCGUAAAGUUUCGCUGCCCAGCAGCAGGAAACCCAAAACCAACUAUGCGAUGGUUAAAAAAUGGCCGUGAGUUCAAACCUGAAUAUCGAAUGGGUUCAUAUAAGAUUCGACCUCCACACUGGAGUCUUAUUAUGGAAAGUGCUGUUCCAUCCGAUAAGGGGAAUUAUACAUGUGUGAUAGAAAAUCCCUAUGGAUCCAUAAAUCAUACAUAUCAUUUAGAUGUAGUAGAGCGGUCACCCCACAGGCCUAUUCUUCAAGCAGGAUUGCCUGCUAACAAAACAGCAUUGGUGGGAAGUGAUGUGGAAUUUGUAUGUAAAGUAUUCAGUGAUGCCCAGCCCCAUAUACAAUGGCUGAAGCAUGUUGAAAAGAAUGGCAGUCGAUAUGGUCCGGAUGGAGCUCCUUACGUCAAUGUCUUAAAGCACUCGGGGAUAAAUAGUUCCAAUGCAGAAGUGCUGAAUCUGUACAAUGUGACUGAGGCGGACAGUGGCGAAUAUAUAUGUAAGGUCUCCAAUUAUAUUGGAGCUGUCAAUCAGUCUGCUUGGCUCACUGUUGCUCAAUUCUCCCCAAAAGUUCCUGAAGACAAACCAAAAGGGUUGACCUCUCCUGACUAUCUGGAAAUAGUUAUCUAUUGCAUUGGUGUUUUUGUAAUCGCGUGCAUGGUGCUGACGGUUGUUAUUUGUCGCAUGAGGAGCACUGCCAAGAAGCCAGACUUUAAUGCCCAGCCGACGGUGCACAAGUUGACCAAAAGUAUCCCUCUGCGCAGACAGGUUUCAGCUGAUUCGAGCUCCUCCAUGAAUUCGAACACUCCCCUGGUAAGGAUCACUACACGACUCUCAUCUGCAGAUGCACCAAUGCUGGCAGGAGUUUCAGAAUAUGAACUCCCAGAAGAUCCAAAAUGGGAAUUUUCACGAGACAAGCUGACACUUGGUAAACCCCUUGGGGAAGGCUGCUUUGGACAAGUUGUAAUGGCAGAGGCUGUCGGAGUUGACAAAGAUAAACCAAAAGAAGCACUGACUGUGGCUGUAAAGAUGCUGAAAGAUGAUGCCACAGAAAAGGAUCUCUCAGAUCUUGUUUCUGAGAUGGAAAUGAUGAAAAUGAUUGGAAAGCAUAAGAACAUCAUCAAUCUGCUAGGUGCAUGCACGCAAGACGGGCCAUUGUAUGUAAUUGUUGAAUUCACAGCCAAAGGCAAUCUGCGCGAGUAUCUGCGUGCACGGCGUCCCCCUGGUAUGGAAUAUACAUUUGACAUAAACCGUGUAUCUAAUGAACAGUUAACAUUCAAAGACCUGGUAUCAUGUACUUAUCAAGUGGCAAGGGGCAUGGAAUACUUGGCUUCGCAAAAGUGUAUUCAUCGAGACUUGGCAGCCAGAAAUGUUCUUGUUACAGAAAAUAAUGUCAUGAAAAUAGCAGAUUUUGGGCUGGCUAGAGAUGUCCACAAUAUUGACUACUACAAAAAGACAACAAAUGGUCGACUGCCAGUUAAAUGGAUGGCUCCUGAAGCUCUCUUUGACAGGGUUUACACACACCAGAGUGAUGUAUGGUCAUUUGGAGUAUUGAUGUGGGAAAUUUUUACCUUGGGAGGAUCUCCAUAUCCAGGCAUUCCUGUCGAAGAACUUUUCAAGCUUCUGAAGGAAGGCCACAGGAUGGACAAACCAGCUAACUGUACCAAUGACCUGUACAUGAUGAUGCGUGAUUGCUGGCAUGCAAUUCCUUCACAGCGACCAACUUUUAAACAAUUGGUUGAAGAUUUGGACCGAAUUCUCAGUUUAACAUCCAAUGCGGAAUAUUUGGACCUUUCUGCACCACUAGAACAGUAUUCACCCAGUUAUCCUGGUACUAGGAGUUCCUGCUCAUCAGGAGAUGACUCUGUAUUCUCUGACCCUAUGCCCAAUGAUCCAUGUCUUUCAAAGUAUCAACCGCACAUGAAUGGUACCAUUAAAACAUGAACGAAAGAGCCAAUUCUUACAAAACUGAAUUUAAACAUUGUCUUCCCUGUUUUACAUAUCUUCAAGAAACUUGGGCACCGGAAUAGAAUGUUGGUUGGACAUGGUUAUAAUGAAAGUAAGGAUUGCAGUAGGCUGUUCAUGAAGAAAUGUUCAGCUGUAUAUAUUUUGUUGCAAAGAAGACAGAAUAAGUAUUAUGAGCAAAAUUUUGUUUUUGGUGACCUAGCCAAUUUAUGUUCCAUCAAAAGCUGACUGGUUGGACUUUGGGCAAGACUUGAAGUAGGAAGUUCUGCCUAGAUUGUUAAUUUUGUAAUAUUGGAAAAGUUAUCCAGCAUGAAACUUAAGAGUGCUGGCUAUAUUUGUAAAUAUACCCAAAUAUGUAUAAAUAUAUUUUAUAUAUAUAUUAUUAUAUAUAUAUAUUUACAGUGAACUAUUUUUUGUAUGGAUAAAAAGGUGAUUCUAUUUGCAACCAGAAAAUGAAAGCAACUUUUGUUAAAUAACUAAAUGCGCUUGAAAACUGUUUCCGCAGCAAUUCCUAGCACUUCAGUUAUGCAACAUUUUCAAGACACUAAGUUUCUUUUUCAGGGAAUAAUUUAUUAACUGGUGUUUAGUAACAAUUAAAACAAUUAAUCUUUGAAUUUCUUGUAUUAUGUCUGGCUUUUGCAAGAUGGGAAAUGGACUGAAAAUUAAAAUGUGUUGGAAUGGGUAUUAUAAAAGUCCUGUCUAAGUAUGGGUGUUUGUCCAGAAAAAAAAACUAUGAUAUAAAGCAGCAAAUAGAUUUUCACUUAAGGUUUUGCACAGAGAGAAUGUCAUAUUGAUGCUCUUGAAUCUGGCCAUCUGCUACAAUUCAAUGUUUGCUGAUGGGCAAAAUGUAGUGAUCCAUCAAGAAAAUUAUUGCGAUGGCAUGAUUUGGGUCACAAUGGCUUGAUUUUCCUCAGCCUUGAUA